AAUUUACAUUCAAAGUGAAAGCUAUUACCGAAUGGGCAACAAAAAUUAGAUGUAUCUAAUUUUCCAUUUCUCCUUUUUCUUGGUUCCCAUAUAAAGAAAUAUGAUGAUGGGACGUAAAAGAAAGUAGAGAAACUACAAUGUGUAUGAAUAAUCAAAUCCAACUUGUUGCUUCUUUCUGACUAAGUUGUGACUUCACAUAAAACUCUUCCUUCUUCUCUUUCAACUCUUCUCUCUUCUCUCAGGCACACGACCCACACAUACACACAAAGACUCUAGAAACAAAAAAUAAUAAUCAAGGUCGAUCCUGCCUGACAUGCAUAGCAAGAUGGAGGGAGAAACCACAGUAAACGCAGCUGCGAGUUCCUCCUCAUCCCCAAGCCGGUACGAGUCACAGAAGAGGCGAGACUGGAACACUUUCCUUCAGUAUCUAAGGAACCACAAGCCACCUCUGAAUCUAUCUCGUUGCAGUGGCGCACACGUCCUUGAGUUCUUGAAGUACCUUGACCAGUUCGGCAAGACCAAAGUCCACGCUGUUUCUUGUCCUUUCUUCGGACAACCUAACCCACCGGCCCAGUGCACUUGUCCUCUCAAGCAAGCUUGGGGAAGCCUCGACGCUCUCAUCGGCCGUCUAAGGGCUGCUUUCGAGGAAAUCGGCGGUGGUCUUCCCGAGUCAAACCCUUUCGCUGCCAAAGCCGUUAGGAUCUAUCUUAAGGAAGUCCGUCAAACUCAGGCUCAGGCUCGAGGGAUUCCUUACGACAAGAAGAAACGAAAACGUCCUCAUACCACACCCACGGCGGCUACUCCAACCGCCGGUACUGAUAAAGACGACGCCGGAGGAAGUAGUGGUGCUACCUUGGUCGUAUAGUCGAGAAUAAUCCAGUCAGAUAUACCCAAUGCUAAAAAAUCUUUAAAAAAAUGGUAUCGUAAUGUACUAAUCAUCAUGAGUGCUUUUACUUUCUAAAUUCGUACUUAUGAGUUAUAUAUAUAUUUGUGUGAUUUAACUAUUUGAGAUUGUAUAGAGAGAUGGAAAAGACGAUCAACGAUUAUUAUUAAUUAGUAAGCUAGACCUUACAGUAUUAUUUAUAAAUGAGCUUUGAUA